AUGUCUAGCGGCGCUACUCAAAAGAGAGAUAUUCUAAUCAGUAAAGCGCUUUCAUAUCUUCUCAGGCAUCAUGCUGUUAGAGAGAAUCUACCCAUUGACUUAAACGGAUACGUCCUAGUGAAAGAUAUUCUCACCCACAAUAGAUUGAAAACGCAUAAAUGCACGGUUCAGGACAUCCGCCGCAUAGUUGAAAGUAACGAUAAGAGGAGAUUUCAUAUCAAAGUGUCGGAAGAAGGUGAAGAAAGUAUAUGUGCAACUCAAGGUCAUUCAAUUCCACACAUAGUGCCAUCUAACGAUUUGCUGGAAAGGAUUUCAACAAUAGAGCAGUUACCGACACAACUAAUACAUGGCACCACAGUUCAAAAUUGCGGUCUAAUUUUGGAAUCAGGUUUUAUUAAACGUAUGAAGAGAAACCAUGUCCAUCUUUCACCAGGAGUUACUGGUCAGGAUAAACAAGUUAUAAGUGGUAUGCGUGCUUCAAGCACAGUACAUAUCUAUUUGAACAUGGCAAACCUGCUAGACAAGUUGCAACUAUUCAGGUCUAAAAAUAACGUAUAUCUAACCCCAAAUGACGUCCCUGUUGAACUCUUUGAAAAGAUCGUGAUUCAGAGUAAAAAGGUCAGCGAUAUUAGUACCAAUAAGCUAAUUGCUGAGUUGGAAAGAAUGCAUAUCCCAUACGAAACCAGUAAAUAA